AUGGAGCUGGGAAAUGGUAGCAGAGUAAAAGAAUUUGUGUUUCUGGGGCUUACUCAGUCCCAAGACCUGAGCUUGGUCUUAUUUCUCUUUUUGUGCUUGGUGUACAUGACCACCCUGCUGGGCAACCUCCUCAUCAUGGUCACUGUGAGCUGUGAGUCUCGCCUCCAGACCCCCAUGUACUUCCUGCUCCGCAACCUCUCCGUCCUGGACAUCUGCUUCUCCUCCAUCACCGCCCCCAAGGUCCUGGCGGACCUCCUUUCGGAGAGAAAGGCCAUCUCCUUCCGUGGCUGCCUCACACAGAUGUUUUUCUUCCACCUCCUCGGGGGCGCAGACAUCUUCUCCCUCUCGGUCAUGGCCUUUGACCGCUACGUGGCCAUCUCCAAGCCCCUGCACUACGUGACCGUCAUGAGCCGGGGGCGGUGCACUGCCCUCAUCGUGGCCUCCUGGGCGGGGGGCUUCGUCCACUCCAUCGUGCAGAUCUCCCUGCUGCUCCCCCUCCCCUUCUGCGGACCCAACGUCGUGGACGGUUUCUACUGCGACGUCCCCCAGGUCCUCACACUCGCCUGCACGGACACCGCUGCCCUUGAGCUCCUGAUGAUUUCCAACAACGGCUUGAUCUCUACCCUGUGGUUCAUCUUCCUCCUCAUAUCGUACAUGGUCAUAUUAUCGCUAAUAAGGUCUCAGGCCGGGGAGGGCAGGAAGAAAGCCAUCUCCACCUGCACCACCCACAUCACGGUGGUCACCCUUCACUUCGUGCCUUGCAUCUACAUCUACGCCCGGCCCUUCUCCGCCCUCCCUACCGAUAAGGCCGUCUCCGUGACCUUCACUGUCAUCUCCCCUCUGCUGAACCCCCUGAUCUACACCCUGAAGAACCAGGAGAUGAAGGCAGCCAUGCGGAGACUGAGGGGAAGACUUGGGCCUUCUGUAAUGAAAUAG